AUGGCGCGCUGCGCGGGUUUAUUGCGGUGUUUCGCACUCGGUCGGCUAAUGCAAAUGGCGUGCGCAUGUACCGCGGCGCACGCGCAUCGAAUUGCGGGUUUUCCGCCGGCGCGGGGAAGGCGGUUUGUGGAAAUGGUUAUUGGGUGCAUUUUAACUGGUCACACUAGAUCUGCAGAUCUAAAUCUAGCGCAGUGCGGCAGUAUAAAGGCGCGAUAUGUCCGGCGCUCAGGGUUACCAAUGAAUACAUCCUAG